GGUGGAUUGUCCCUCGCAGGCGCCAUUCUCGCUCCUUUCACUGGAGGUCUGUCCAUCGCACUUAUAGCAGUAGGUGGAGGAAUGGGAGUAGCUACCGGGGUAGGUGACCUGACAACUCAAGCAAUUGAGUUCACCGUUGUCAACAAGGCAAUAGAAGACGCCCAAGCAGAACUCGACCGGCUGAGUAGGAAACUGAAGAAAUUAGUCGAAGAACUAACAAGUCGACUGAAAGGCUACGGAAUGUCAGCAUAUGAAAUUGGGCGGAUGUUAAAAACAAGUGGUGGCAUGGCAUAUGGGGUUUAUUCGUUCCAUCAACAAACCAAGAAAGCCAUUGCCAUCGUAAGAGCAGCGUCUCAUGCUCAGAAGAUUGCACUGUCCCUAGACGGUGGACAGGUUGUUGCCGAUGCUGUUGAAGGUGCAGUGGCCGGAGCGAGAGCAAAUCCGAAACUCGCAGGUGGGGUUGCUGGGUUUAAGGCUCUCAGCAAGGGUGCCAAAGCCCUCCGCGUUGCCGGUGGUAUUGGGACAGCGAUAGGAAUUGGUUUGAGCAUUAAAGGACUUGUUGAAGACAGCAUCAAAGUUGAAAUUAAUGUAUCUGAAGUGGCAGAUGUGCUGGAAAAAAUGGCCGACAAGUUGAAGGAAUGCUGAACCAUCACGAGCGACUGCAUGUAUGUAUUGAACAGAGGUGUUCACGUGACACAAAGGGGAAUAACUCUCUCAUCGGCCAGAGUAUAUAAUUCCACAAAUGGCAAAUCCACUAUUCAUUUGUAUCUGUGGUAUAAGGCGUUGGUACAUUUCAUAACAUUGCGCUGUCUAUUUUAUCAAUCUGUUAUCUUCUCGUAUAUCUGGUUUCUCACUGCAUUGCCACCCUGAAACAUCAAUUGUAUUAAUAAAACAGAUGCGAGUCAGGGUGAAGCCCUACCUCACGACAUUGACAUAUCUGAAUGUGUGUUCACUAGAAUAGCAGACAGAGAAUAUGUUGUGACCACGUGUCCUUUCGUUUCUGUCCAAUGAUUAUUGUUUAUACGUGACAUAUAUUUUGUUUACUUUCAGACAAAAUGACUCUUAAUCUCAGACAGUCUGUACUUUACAUUGGUUCCUCUUUAAUGUAUUCUCUGGGAUGUAUUACAGAAUUUUGUAUAUUU